AUGAAUAAUAAGAAUAAAUUCAUCGAUGAUAAUAAAAAUAUUGAAAGAAUUUUAUUACAUAUUGCUACUAAUUUACACACAACAAAAAAAGAUGAUAAUAGAGUUAAAGCAUUAUCUAUAUUUAAAAUUAUCGAGAAUCAAUAUUGGUUAGGAUAUUAUUACCAACAAGGAUAUGGUAGUCUUGAAAUUGACGAAACAAAAGCUAUGGAAUAUUUAAAGAAAUCUAUACAUAUAGAAAAUUAUCCAGAUGCUAUGUGUAGAUACGCAAUCCAUCUUAUUAAAACAAGUGAAAGGAAAGAGGAUGGAAAGAUUAAAGAUAAAGAAAUUCAAUUUGAGAUUACUCAUUUAUUUAGAAAAGCUGCAUUAUUGAAUAAUAAUGAUGGAUGUUAUUUUUAUAGAGAUAUAAUUUAUAAUAGAAAAUUAGGUAAUGAAGCAAAUAAAUUAGAAGGUUUUACAUUUAUAAACCAGGCUGCAGAGAAAGGUCAUGAUAAAGCUAAAUUGCUAUUAGAAAAAAUAACGAGAAAUUUUAAUUCAUUUACUAGAUUUUAG